AACAACCGUCAGCCGUAGCGCUGUCACUUUUCAACGAAGACUGUCUCUUUCUAACUUUAAAAUGUUUUCAAUGGCAGUUGCGGCUCUUGCAAAAAAAAACAUAAACAAAUUGUUCUAGAGUGCUCAGCUGUCCAGUUGCAAAUUUCCGCAGAUUUUGGUGUGAAAAUGGCCUCGAAACGGGACUUUGAUUGCGGUAGGGUGCAACACGCCAGUGCCCGCAACCGUAAGCGCCGUUUGCAGCAGUUGGAGUGGGAACGUUGGCUAGCAGAACAGCCGGAACCAUCCAAUGCCGCUAACCGAGCGAGUGCCCUGCAAGGGAAUGACGCUGGACCGGGCCCUUCACUUCAAGGAUAUGAAGCCGGAACGGAACCGAUGGAAGUGGCCGACAAUCCCCAACCGCAGAGUGACAGCGAUGACGACAGUGUGGUUGCUGAAAGCAUCGGUGGGGACAGUGUUCCCGACGACAACGAUCCCGGCAUCGGCGCCAGAUAGUCCGUUCGGAUCAUUGUCCUAUGAGGACGGGUUGAGGCUGUGGGCACUGAAAACCGGCCAAACACACAGUGCCUUAAACCUCUUGCUGGGGCAUUUGAGGCAGCACGAUCCGGGCAGGAAAUUGCCACGGGAUGCACGGACGUUCCUGAACACGCCCGUGGCAAGAUCCACACAGUCCGCGAUUACCCCCCCUCUGGUGGAGAGAUAUGGUACCAGGGCAUAGAAACAUGCAUUCGGUCCUAUUUUCGGUAAGUAGGCUAAACCAACUGUAUUGAUGCAUAAGACAAUGUGCAUUAUGCUCACCCAUGGUGUGUAAGUUUUCUUUCCAUUGCAGAUACACGCAGCCUGCCGUAGAGCGCUUUGAGAUAGACUUUUUUGUGGACGGUCUUCCGCUUUACAAAAGCAGUCGGACACUAUUCUGGCCCAUCCUCAUGGGCAUCCACAACCUGCCUAAUGCCCCGGUGAUGACGGUUGCGAUUUUUUGCGGCGAGUCAAAACCGUUAUACGCCGAGGAAUAUUCAGGACAGUUUGUGGAUGAAAUGAACGAGCUGCAGCGUGUUGGGAUAUGGAUCGGCAAACGGCAUUACACUGUGCACCUGCGAAGUAUCAUAGCAGAUUCUCUGGCGCGUGCAUUCAUCAAAGGUGUUAAAUCGCACAACGCAUACAGCGCCUGUAUGAAGUGCACCAUCAUUACGGAAAGGGACGGCAAUCGCGUAUACUUUCCGUAUGGGGCGCCUUGCGAAUCGCGCUUACAUGGUCUGCAUGGUGCAGACAAAUAUCCGGACCAUAAGAUUCACAUGACACCCCUUGUAAGGCUCCACAAAUGUGACAUCAUAUGUGACAUUGUGGUUGCCGAGGCCAUGCACCUUUUUUACAAGGGUGUCAUGUGCAAAUUGUUGAUAUUGUGGACGGAAGGGUUCCGUGACCUGGGCUGUAAGAUGACGCGACGGCAGCAACGUGAAUUGUCGGCACACCUGCGUUCAUUGAAACUGCCCUCAGAUUUCCAACGGAAACUGCGCGAACUGCAAUACGUCAAACUUUGGAAAGCUUCUGAGUUUAAGAUGUUAUUGCUUGUCGCCGGUUUUGUGGUACUGAAGGGCAGAAUUAAUAAUGUGGCGUAUCACUUCAUGUUGCUGUUCGUCGCCGUUACCUUACUAUCCACCUCCUACCAUCGUGCGAAAUAGGAACUGGCCAAUACACUGUUGCAUCGUUUUGUGAAAGACUAUGGAACAGUUUAUAGUCCAGUGCUGUUAAACAGCAAUGUGCAUAAUUUGCUUCACGUAUACGAAGAUGUCCAUAGAUUUGGCGAGCUGCGCACCAUAUCUGCGGAAAAGUACGAAGCAAAGUUGCACGAUAUAAAGCAGCUGGUGCAUUCAGGGAGGAACAGCUUGGUUCAAGCGGCCAAUCGCCUGCAAGAACUGUGGCAAGUGGAAUAUGCCAGGCCAGGAUGCAGUUCGGCAGGUCGAGAAGAGCAAUCGGUGCGCCCGGUUGGUAGCGAUACAGUUGCUACUGUCCGGCAUGGUUUCAUGCUGCGGAACAAACUUCCGCGACCACUGGUGCAUGACUAACUUGGGUGAUGUGGUCAUGUACGAAACGGCCUCAAAAUCUGGACCAAACGUGACCGUGCAUGGGUACACGUUUUCAAACCAAGUGUCCGCUUUUACCGAACCCUGCUCCUCAGCAGACCUAAACAUUUAUGCGGCCAUUAUGGACGAUUUGGACACCGUCACACUGCAGCAUUUUCCCAGCACGUUGCUGUGUAAGCUGGCUGCAGUGGAAACUGAAAAUCCGGGAGAGUAUGUGUUUGUUCCUUUGCCCCACACUUACCUGCAAUAAAACUAUUGAAACUGCAAACACAAAACAGGUGU